GCCGCUUUGCUGGGUCCUCUUUCAACUGGGCACUCCGAGAGCUGCUUCACGACGGUGCGGUGCAGCGUGCAGCAGCGACAGGGGCCCAGCAUUACUGCCGCGAGCCCCUCUUUCGCGGGUCCCCUCCCUCGGGGCUGAUCAUUAACUCAAAGGCAUUAUAAGGAGUGAGCGGCCCCGGGGAGCCAGUGAGCCAGAGGGACUCCUCACCACCGCCAUGGACAUUAGCACCUUGAGCCCCGCGGUCACCGCCUCAGAUUCACCCAUACCGUCCUAUGAGCGCAUUCGCAAUGCGGCUGACAUCUCAGUCAUUGUCAUCUACUUCGUGGUGGUCAUGGCUGUCGGGCUGUGGGCAAUGUUCUCCACUAACCGCGGGACGGUUGGAGGCUUCUUCCUGGCAGGCCGAAGUAUGGUGUGGUGGCCGAUCGGAGCCUCUCUCUUUGCCAGCAACAUUGGAAGUGGUCACUUUGUGGGGCUGGCGGGGACAGGAGCAGCCUCAGGCAUCGCCAUGGGUGGCUUUGAAUGGAACGCCUUGAUCUUUGUGGUUGUGCUGGGCUGGGUGUUUGUCCCCAUCUACAUCAAGGCUGGGGUGGUGACCAUGCCAGAGUACCUGCGGAAGCGGUUUGGAGGCAAGCGGAUCCAGAUCUACCUUUCCGUUCUGUCCUUGUUGCUGUACAUAUUUACCAAGAUCUCAGCAGACAUCUUCUCUGGAGCUAUAUUCAUCAACCUAGCCUUGGGCCUGGACAUCUACCUGGCCAUCAUUAUUCUACUAGCAAUCACCGCCCUUUAUACAAUCACAGGGGGCCUGGCAGCGGUGAUUUACACGGAUGCCUUGCAGACAGCAAUCAUGCUCGUGGGGUCUUGUAUCCUGACUGGAUUUGCUUUCACUGAAAUAGGAGGAUAUGAUGCCUUCAUGGAGAAGUACAUGAAUGCCAUUCCAUCUAUAAUUUCUGAUGGAAAUAUGACUGUCAAGAAAGAAUGUUACACUCCCAGGGCCGACUCUUUCCACAUAUUCAGAGAUCCUAUCACAGGAGACAUUCCAUGGCCUGGGCUCAUCUUUGGUCUGUCGAUCCUCGCCCUGUGGUACUGGUGCACAGACCAGGUCAUUGUGCAGCGCUGCCUCUCAGCUAAAAACAUGUCUCACGUGAAGGCCGGCUGUACCAUGUGCGGCUAUCUGAAGCUGUUGCCCAUGUUCCUCAUGGUCAUGACGGGGAUGAUCAGCCGGAUUUUAUACACAGACAAGAUCGCCUGUGUCGUCCCCUCGGAAUGUCAGAAGUACUGCGGCACAUCAGUUGGCUGUACCAACAUCGCCUAUCCUACCUUGGUGGUGGAGCUCAUGCCUAAUGGACUCCGAGGCCUGAUGUUGUCAGUCAUGAUGGCCUCCCUCAUGAGCUCUUUGACCUCCAUCUUCAACAGCGCCAGCACCCUCUUUACCAUGGACGUCUACACCAAGAUCCGGAAGGGAGCAUCCGAGAAGGAGCUCAUGAUUGCAGGAAGGUUGUUCAUCCUCGUGCUGAUCGCCAUCAGCAUCGCCUGGGUGCCUAUCGUGCAGUCGGCUCAGAGUGGACAGCUCUUUGACUACAUCCAGUCUAUCACCAGUUACUUGGGGCCACCCAUUGCAGCUGUCUUCCUGCUUGCUGUUUUCUGCAAGAGAGUCAAUGAACCAGGAGCCUUCUGGGGACUGAUUCUAGGCUUCUUGAUUGGAAUCUCCCGCAUGAUUACUGAGUUUGCCUAUGGAACCGGGAGCUGCAUGGAACCUAGCAACUGUCCCACCAUCAUUUGUGGGGUGCAUUAUCUAUACUUUGCCAUCAUCCUCUUUACUAUCACUCUCAUCGUCGUCUUGGCCAUCUCCUUCCUCACCAAGCCCAUUCCAGAUGUGCACCUAUACCGUCUGUGUUGGAGUCUUCGCAACAGCAAGGAAGAACGAAUUGACCUGGAUGCAGGAGAUGAGGACUUCCAGGAGGACCCCAAGGAUACAAUUGAAAUAGAAACAGAAGUUUCCCAAAAGGAGAAAGGAUGCUUCAGGAAGGCAUAUGAUCUGUUCUGUGGGCUGGACCAGGAGAAAGGACCAAAGCUGACUAAGGAAGAGGAGGAAGCCUUGAAGAUGAAGAUGACAGACACUUCUGAGAAGCCUUUGUGGAGGACAGUGGUGAACAUCAACGGCAUCAUCCUAUUGGCUGUGGCUGUCUUUUGCCAUGCCUACUUUGCUUGAGUCCUGCCUUCUGGUGUAGACUUGGCAAGGCUGGCUUUGUAUUUCCCUUUAGACCAUUCUGUGGUUGUUUGGGGAAAUUGUAAAUUUUUCCCAUUGGGAUUAAAUAUGUAUAUUGUGAUUUUAGAGUUGCUGGAAGGAAAUAAUUACAUUGCUGUGAACUUUUGCAUUUGAAGCCAGUGUGGCACACAUAUCUGCCUCUCCUAGAGUUUAAGAAGAGAAAUUUACUCAGGUCUAGGAAAAGUCCAACUUAGUCACAGAAGCUUGUGUGGGCUCAUGCUACUCUGCCUCAGUACAUCCAGCUUGUAAUUACUGUUUAUAAAUCCUUCAAUAAUAUUUUUUUUUAAAAAGUUGUAGUCUAGUUUCUGCCAUUUUCCUACCUGUUUCCUCUUCCUUCAUUGUUAAGAAAUCUUUUUCCCAAUUACUCAUACCUUAGUUUUUUUCUAAUAUAAAGAAAAUCAUUUUUACAAUUGGAUGAAUACCCAGAAGCUAAGGAUAGAGACCCUAUCCUAGGAAUUUGUUUCUUAAAAUGGUGGUCUCAAGG